CCGUUCGGUCCGCCGUAGUAUUGAUCCGCUGCGGACCUUUUAUCUUCGCUGCAAUACGAUUUCGUUCUCGUAAUCUGUUUUAUAUACGGAACAAAAGGCAAUAUGAAAAUCAUGAUGGGUGGCACGGCAACAGGUGGGUCAUCGAGGUGUCCGGGGCGGAGGGGACGCUCUACGCCGGCGAGACGUACCGGCUGCAGGUUGACUUCCCGGAGCAGUACCCCAUGGAGGCUCCACAGGUUAUAUUUAUGCAUCCGGCGCCGAUGCAUCCGCACAUUUACAGCAAUGGGCACAUCUGUCUAGAUAUAUUGUACGACUCGUGGUCACCAGCAAUGACGGUCAGUUCCGUGUGCAUCAGCAUCUUGUCCAUGUUGUCAAGUUCACCAGCGAAGGAACGCCCAUCCGAUAACGAUCGCUAUGUCAGGAACUGCCGCAACGGGAGGUCUCCGAAGGAGACGAGGUGGUGGUUUCAUGAUGACAAAGUGUGAUGGGCUCCAGCUGGUUUCUUCCUCCGGCAUCAGCAGCUCUUACACAUCAUCCUGCCUACCGUAGUAUGGCGUGCGUCGUUCAUGAAAAGAUUAUUUAGGCAAAUAUUUCAAGCCAUCUAUUUGGCGGCAAAUUGACAUGCCCAUGUAUGUGGUUUUGUACAUGAUGAAUCUGCACCUGUAUCAACUCCCGUGCUUACCAACUCUUAUCCCUUUUGAUAUGAUGAAAGUAGUAAUCGAGUGUUUUAUCUUAUUAA